UUUGCGUAGAUACUAUUGACUAGUCUUGUGUUCAAAAUGGUGUAAAUUUUUUGAUAGAAUGUUUCGAUUUGAAGCACUUUUCGUUCUCUACUGUUGCAUAAUCACCGCAUCAGUUAGGGGCCAAAGAGAAUUUCCCCCGGAUUUCAAGUUCGGCGUUGGGACAUCCGCUUAUCAAAUUGAAGGAGGAUGGAAUGAAGGUGGCAAAGGAGAAUCCAUCUGGGACUACAUGGUUCACAACUAUCCGGAGAAGGUUGUCGAUGGCACGAAUGGUGAUAUUGCAUGCGAUAGUUUCCAUAAUUGGCAACGAGAUGUUGAAAUGAUACGUGAACUUGGCGUCAACAUGUACCGAUUCUCAAUGGCAUGGAGCAGAAUAAUGCCGACUGGUAUAAGUAAUCAUAUCAAUCAGGCUGGCAUCGAUUACUACAACAACCUGAUAGAUGAGUUGGUGAAAUAUAACAUAGAACCGAUGGUAACACUUUACCAUUGGGAUCUACCGCAACGCCUACAGGAGAUCGGAGGAUGGACAAAUCGUGAAAUCGUUCAUCAUUUCCGGGAAUAUGCACGGGUUGCCUUCGAAAACUUUGGAGAUCGUGUAAAAUGGUGGACUACUAUUAAUGAACCACUACAAGUUUGUCAGGCUUCAUACGAGUUUGAUGGAAAUCCUCCAUCAGCCGAUUUUCCCGGAAUACCGAGUUAUUUGUGUAGUCACAACGUAUUGUUGUCGCACGCAGAAGCUGUCGAGCUAUACAGAGAGCAAUUUCAACAAACUCAGCAAGGUAUCAUUGGAAUAAUCUCGGACACUUCCUGGGCGGAGCCUAGAAGUGACGCGGUUGAGGAUCUUGAAGCAUCUAAUUUGUAUCUUCAAUUUUCCCUUGGUUGGUAUAUGCAUCCAAUUUUCUCGAAAACAGGAAACUAUCCUCAGGUGAUGAUUGACCGCGUGGGAAAUCUGAGUCAACAGCAAGGUUUCUACAAAUCUCGUCUACCGGAGUUCACCGAGGAAGAAAUUGAAAAGCUUAAAGGUUCAUCGGAUUACUUCGGAAUUAACAGCUACACGAGUGUGAUUGUCUAUCAAAAUGAUCCGGGAAAUUCAGCUCAAUAUCCCGUUCCAUCAUUCGAUCACGAUCGUAACACUCUGGGCUACCAAGAUCCUUCUUGGCCCGGAUCUGGUACUGGUUGGCUGAAGGUAAACCCCAAAGGAAUGUACAGUUUGUUAACCUGGAUUCGAAACGAGUACGACAAUCCGCUAGUUUACAUUACCGAGAAUGGAGUCAGUGAUCGUGGUGGUACCAAGGAUGUGGAUCGGAUUAACUACUAUAACCAGUAUCUGAAUGCCGUUCUGGAUGCAAUGGAAGAUGGUAGCGAUAUCAGAGGUUACGUGGCGUGGAGUUUAAUGGAUAACUUUGAGUGGAGAUCCGGACUUACGGAACGCUUUGGACUGUACUACGUAGAUUAUGAAGAUCCUAAAAGAACCAGAAUUGCUAAGAGUUCAUCCAAGGUGUAUGCCAACAUUAUCAAAACAAGAAUGAUAAAUCCCGAUUAUUUACCCGAACCGGAGGUUUAUGUUCCCGGGCCAAAUGAUGAUCCCUCUUAAACUGUUUCAGAUUGUGAUAUUGCGGCCCAGGCAUUGUAUCCGAUUAUGAAAAUCAUUUGUAAAUAAAAGUUGAAAGAGGUUAUAAUAUAAUUCGUUAGAGAACAAAAUGGCUGUUAGCUGACUUUAAGUGUGAAGGCCUUCUAUUUUAGUCUACCUCGACGUGAAUGUUAUUAAUUGAUAAUAAACAUAAACGAUUCACUCGAAAA